AUGUCCGCCCAAAUCAAAGCCCAGGUCCUCUACGAGCCGAAGGACCUCAGGCUGAUAGACCGGCCAAUCGAACCCCCCGCCGCCAACGAAGUCCAAAUCGCCAUGAGAGCCACGACGCUCUGCGGAUCCGACCUCCACUACUACACGCACUUCAAGAACGGAGACAUCCAGAUCAGGGAGCCGUUGUCGCAGGGCCACGAGUGCGCCGGCGAGAUCGUGGCGGUCGGCCCCGGCGUCGACGGAUGGAGCGUGGGCGACCGGGUCGCGGUCGAAGCCGGCGUGCCCUGCGACGCGUGCGAGGUCUGUCGGGACGGGGACUACAACGUGUGCGAGAAGAUGAGGUUCCGCAGCAGCGCGACCGCGUUUCCUCAUUUUCAGGGGACGCUGCAGGAGCGGUUCAAUCAUCCGGCCAAAUGGAUUCACAGACUCCCGGACUCGCUAUCUUUCGCCGAGGGGGCUUUGCUGGAGCCGCUGGCGGUAGCAAUCCAUGCCGUCCGCAAAGCUGCUGCCAAGCCGGGAUCGUCUUGUUUGAUACUCGGAGCCGGUGCGGUUGGUCUUCUCUGUGCCGCGGCGGCGAAGAACUCAGAGUAUGGGAGGGUCGUCAUGGCAGAUAUAUCGACAGAUCGACUCGACUUUGCUGCUAAGAACGGAUUUGCCGACGAAAUCGUGUUACUCAGCUCGAAGAGGGCUACGAGCACGGAAGAGGGACUUGCUAUGGCGAAAGAGAUUGCGGAAAAGCUAACGCAGAAGAAUUCCGGAAACAGAUUCACCAGAACCUUCGAGUGUACUGGGGUUGAGAGCUGUGUGAGAACGGCUAUCUAUGCUACGCGCGGAGGAGGAAAAGUCCUUCUCGUGGGUAUGGGCACGCCCAUACAAACUUUGCCAGUAGCUGCGGCGGCUCUUCGGGAAGUCGACCUCGUUGGAGUAUGGCGAUACGCCAACUGCUACCCUGAAGGAAUGAAGAUCAUGGAGGCAGCUGGGAAGACGUCCUCGAUCCCAGAUCUGAAGAGUCUGGUGACACAUUCGUUCAAAGGUUUGGAUCAGGUUCCGACGGCCUUUUCAAUGGCUGCGAGGACGAGUGAUGAUGAUGGAUCACCGGUAAUCAAGGUAGUUGUCGAGAAUUGA